CUAGGAUUUUGGAUUGGGCUUUUUUUGCUGUUGAAAGUGUGGCAGCCAUCAACAGAAGUGAUCUAGUGGUUCUAGAGAGCCAUACUGUAUAUUCUUUAAAUAAACCAAAGGCUGCUGCUCGCUUAUAUCUAAUGCAAAGCACUCAAUAUAACAAUGAUGACAUUCGAGUUCAUAUCAAGGAUAUCAUUAAAAGCUUGCAAGGUCCCCUGGUCAAGAGGAGCUCGCAUGGAUGGAUGGUAACCCCACAAGUCAAGUAUUUCCAUAUGCUACCUUACAUGGAAGCUUUGUCUGACUGGGUCUCUAGGGAAGUGCCAUCAAAUGGUUUGCUCAAUCAAAAUUUGGAUUUGAUUCUUCUCCCUUCAACCAAUGAUCAAACGGUGGUGAAAUUUUGUGGAAAGUCGAUUACUCAAGUUGGUGGCAACUCCAACCGUGAUGAUGUUGGAGAGAAAUCACUUUCCACCAAUCCUGAAAGCAGAAGUAACAAAGUAGCAAGAAAGAAUGAUAGUAGUGAAUUUCAAACUGUUAAUAUCUCUGAGCAAGUUGAUGGACCUGUGCAAAUGGAUGUGCAUGACCCACAUGCAGUUUUCUCCAAGAAAGAAAGCGAAAGCCAAAACAGUCAAAGUGGUGUUAAAGUUUAUCAUCGAUCGAAGAAAAACUCGCCUUUGAAAGAGGAUCAUAGCCGUGCCUUAUCAGCUGAUUUUGUUACUGAGGAAGUUGCAGCUAAACAUGCAUCGAAACCUAUUGAUGGUGGAUGUAGUAAUGACAUGCUUGGUGCUACAAAGUACGUCAGCAACCACUCACCUGUUUGCUGUAGCAUGCAAGGAAGCAGACUUACAAAGGAUAGUCCUUUACCACAAACUGAACAUCAUGGGAGGGUAGGCCUUACCUUAACUCCUGGAAAGCCACCGGAUCAAGCUGCUUCCAGUCUACUUUACCGGCUUAGGCAGAAGCUGUAUGAGCAACUAGAGUGGGUGGAAGCUGAAAUAUUGCAGUGUGAUAAGGAUAUUCAAGCUGCCUUAAAUGAAACUGGAUGAACUGUGUCAUCAGUAGAAGUGGGCAUUACCAGCACAUCGAGUCCUUCACAGAUGGGUUUUGCUGCCAAUGCCAUUGUUAAAGGUCCGGGCUAUAUAUGCCAAAAAAGAAUUACUACUCCGUACUUUGCAGUGCGAGUAAUUAGAUCGAAGGAAAGAGAGGCGCACAUAUGAAGAGGAAGCAGACAAUCGUUCGAAAGCAGAACCCUAAUGCGAGGAGGGUGCCGACUGCGGACUGCUAGAU